AGAGGAGCAGUUUGAUUAUAAAAAAAGAGUGUACAGUCGAGUGGGUGCGUGUACGUGUGUGUGUGUGUUCUUUUCGUCGUCGUCGUCGGCGGCGUCGAAGUGAAGGGGUUGCAUAGAGCUUCCGGUGGAUCGAAACUUAAGAUUGGGGGGGCGUACGAGACUGAAUUUGCCCCCCCAAACCGCACCGAAUCUCUCUCCUUCGCUUUCGCGUUUGACGCGAAAGCAAGCGGAGCCUGCAGCUCUAUCGAGUUCCUUCCAAGUGUUCCUCAUCUUCCGCUCUUCGUGAGAACUACCACGCCGUUCUUUUGUGGGUCGUUUGGACCUACGGCAAAUCCGAGGAUCGAGAAAACGCGAGGCGAAAAAAGGAGGAGGUUUUCUCCCCGACUUUGGUCUAGAGAGGCCUUCGUACUAGACGGUAUAGUAUUUCGUUACUCGGUGGUCACGCGACACCCCCUCGAUGCAGAGCGAGUGAGAGCGAACGCGAGUACCAAGGCAACGUGUUGUGCGCCGGAUAAGCACCGUCGUGCAGUGCCGCGCACGCCCGAUCGAACGCUUUCGUGCAAGUUCGCGCGUGGGCGGUCGAAUCCGUACGCGUUCGUUCUCCUUCGGCUUAACUCGGCCAGGGCUCGGCCGAACUCGCACGGACUCGGCCAACCUCGGCCAACCUCGGGCGCGCUCGUUCCUCCGAACGAGCGGCUGCGACUGCGAACGUUGUCGUGAGUCACGGUCCGGGGUCAGUCCGCCGUACGAUCGUUGCACUGAAUGGAAGGACGCGCGCGCGUGUGUUACUGUGCGAUCACGUGAAAGGAACCGAUACUUUUUUCUUCUCCUUCUUCUAUUUCUACAUUUCUACGUUUUUAUUCGAGUCUUCUAUUCCUUUCCUUCCUCUUUUCACUUCAUCUUUUAAUAUUUAUCUCUUUAACCUCUUCCCUUGUCGUCGCCGCGUCAUCGCUUUGUGUCGUCUUUUAUAUAUCGUCGUUACGUCGUCGUUGUCGUCGUCGUUGUCGCUGUCGCUGUCGUUGUUGUCGUUGUCGUUGUCGUUUUCGCCGUCGUCAUCGUAUCGUCGUUGUCGUCUCUUUAUCUCGAAAGGAAUACAGUGCGAUUGAAGAAAUAAAAAAAGUCGUUGCAACACGGUGUUAUGAAAAGUGUAAUAAGUGUGAAUGUGAAAAAGAUCGGAUAGUAGGAUCAAUUUCUACGUGUUUCUUCGAGGGAUAAUGUUCAGCCUUGUCGACCAGAGGGACGUUUGGCUAAUUCGGAGAGAGACGAGAGUUAGCGAGGAACGCAGGAACGCGUGACAGGGCUGGGCGAGGCUCUUGGAAGAGUCCGCCUCCGCCGGAAGGGCCCUGUAACUCCCUUUGCAGGGAGGAGGAAGCAGCGGAGGAGGAGGAGGAGAAAAAUCGCGACGACCAGGAUCCGAAUAGAUAGUAAAAUAGAAUGGUAGUCUUCCCGGGCGAGGGUGGGGUCGAUGCGGUCGCGGCGGCAUCCGCGAGGACGAUGGGAGGGAUGAUUUUCGGAUCGUCGUCCAACAGACAAAUCCGAGUGUUGUUGGCGAUCCUGGUGAUAUUGGCGCCGCGAUUGCCGAGCGCUCGUUCUACGCCAGCUGACAUAGUGCAAAGGUUUCACGAUAGCAUAGUCGAGCGUAUGAAUCAUUUGGUGGUGGACAAGAACACGGGUCGGGUAUACGUAGGGGCGGUCAAUCGUUUGUAUCAACUCUCGCCGGAUUUGAAUCCAGUGGUGCAGGUUGUGACGGGCCCGCAGGGGGACUCGACCUUUUGCUCGAUGAUCGACUGUCCGCAAGAGACGCUCAAGAAGCCGGUGGACAACGUCAACAAGGCCUUGGUCAUCGACUACACGACGACCCGUCUCAUCUCUUGCGGCAUAUUGUUUCAGGGAAUGUGUACUGUGCGGAAUCUUCACAAUAUAUCGGACGUCGUGCAAGAGGUUCGCGAGGCGGUAGUCGCGAACAAUCCGACGGCCUCGACGGUAGCUUUCAUAGCGCCGGGUCCACCGAACCCCCCGGUUUCUCAGGUUAUGUACGUAGGAGUUACGUUUACUGGGAACUCGCCGUACAGAUCCGAAGUACCUGCCGUUAGUUCGAGGUCCUUGGACAAGGACAAGAUGUUGAACAUCGCGGAAACCGCGGUCACGACCGGUACCAGGAUGUAUGUAAAUUCGCUCUCCCGCGAACGGUACCCCAUCAAUUACAUUUACGGGUUCAGCAGCGGCGGCUUCAGUUACUUUCUCACGACGCAAAUGAAGAACACCGACACCGCGAUUUACAUAUCGAAGCUCGUCCGGGUCUGCCACGACGACGAGCACUAUUAUUCCUACUCGGAGAUACCGAUCAACUGCACCAGCGACGUCAAGAUCUACAAUCUGGUGCAGGCGGCUUACGUCGGUAAAGCCGGCUCCGUUUUAGCCGGCGAUCUCGGCAUAACCGCUCAGGACGACGUCCUCUUCGCCGUUUUCGCGGAGAGCAACGGCACCAGCAGCGACGAACCGAAUCCCCUCUCGGCGCUCUGCGUAUAUUCCCUCAAAGCUAUCAGGAGGAAGUUCAUGACCAAUAUACAGAAAUGCUUUACUGGCGAAGGACAACGCGGAUUGGAGUUUAUCUCGCCGAGUCACAAGUGCAUAUCAACGAAAUUACACACCAUGGGCGAGGAUUUCUGCGGUUUGGACGUGAACACUCCCCUCGGAGGCGAAGAUCCGAUCGCUGCCUUUCCAGUUUUAACUUUCGACACUCUUCUCACGGCAGUAGCCGCUACGUCCACCGGUGAUUACACCGUCGUCUUCCUUGGAACUCACAAGGGCCAUCUAAAAAAGGUGGUGGUGGAGAGUUCGAGUUUAGCCCUGGAGUAUGGCGACCUGGAGAUCGACCCUGAUUCACCCGUGAACCCGGACUUGCUCUUCGACUCGCAACUAAUGCACCUGUACGUACUCACAAGGCAGACAGUCUCGAAGGUCAAAGUGCAGGAGUGUUCGGUUUACAAGACUUGCUGGGAUUGCUUGGGUGCGAAGGAUCCUUACUGUGGUUGGUGUUCGUUGGAGAAUAAGUGCAAUUUACGAAGCGACUGUCAAGAUGCCGCUAAAGAUCCACUUUAUUGGAUACCUUACAAAAGUGGUAGAUGUACUACAAUAACAUCGGUAACACCGGAUCAACUGCAGCGUACAACGGCAAGGACUUUAGAAUUGGUGAUCGAUAAUCUUCCAACUUUAUCGGGCCAAUUUCUUUGCGCUUUCUCGGCAUUGGAUAAAACGUUGAUAACCAAUGCUUCGAGAAAACCAUACGGAGUUAAUUGCACUACCCCGAGAACCGAUCUCUUGCCGUCCAUACCACCUGGGAAACAUCACUUUACUGCUAAACUUUCGGUCCGAAUGACCAAUGGGCCUGAUCUCGUUGCAACCGAUUUCACGUUUUUCGAUUGCAACACUUAUAGUUCUUGCACUCAAUGCGUAUCAUCGGAUUUCCCUUGCGAUUGGUGCGUCGAUGGGCACAGAUGUACUCACGAUACGGCUGAGAAUUGUCGCAACGAUAUACUCGUCACUGGUGUUAACAGAAUGGGCCCAAGUUAUAGAAGUGGACCAGGUUUCUGUCCGACUAUCAAUUCUACGGACUCGCAAGAGAUUCUUGUGUCCUCCGGUAUCAAGAAAGCUAUACGAGUGAAAGUACAUAUCAUAGGGCAAUUCAUCAUUCAAACACGAUUCGUUUGUCAAUUCAAUAUCGAAGGUCGAGUGACCAGCGUAAACGCGAGACUCCUAGCUGACACGAUUUACUGCGAUGAGACAGAAUUUUCCUACACUUCCCGUGCUGCGAAUAUCACCGUACCAUUUGCGGUAAUCUGGGGUGGCUCGAAACCUUUGGAUAAUCCGGACAACAUCCACUUGGUGAUAUACAGAUGUCGCGAUAUGGCGGACAACUGCGGUAUGUGUUUAGCCCUGGCACAGAAAUAUGGCUGCGGAUGGUGUCAGUUUUCGGACAAAUGCGAGGUCAAGGAUCAGUGCGAUCGUGGUACCGGUCCGUGGCUGGAUAGAAAUCAAACUUGUCCAAAUCCGGUGAUACAUUCGUUCGAGCCGCAAAUGGGACCAUGGGAGGGUAACACCAACAUUACGAUACGUGGUAUCAAUCUUGGAAAAGUAUUCACGGACAUCUACACUGGAGUGACGGUCGCGGGAAUAGUGUGCCAACCGUACGAAAAUUUAUACAUCCGUACGAAACAAAUAAUCUGUCGCGUCGAUGGUCCCGGUGACCUAAAAGACAGGCGAGGUCCUGUGAUAGUCAAAAUCGAGGAUUUCACGGGCAAGUCGACGACCGAUUACGAGUUCGUAGAUCCAAAAAUCAUUUCUAUAACACCCAAGUAUGGACCGUUGAGCGGCGGAACUGUAAUCAAAAUAACUGGUCAAUAUAUGAACGCUGGUAGCAAAAUUCGUGCCUACAUCGACAAGCUUCCUUGUUCGAUAAUAAGCACAGAACCUAACGAAGCCCUUUGCGUGACCACUGCCAGCGACAAGAAGAGAAGCGGCAAGUUGAACAUGACCUUUGACGGCGGCCACCGUCUUUACGAUGGUUACUUCGAGUACGUAGAUGAUCCGACGAUCAAAAGCGUCGAGAGUGGGGUGGAGGGUCAGGUAAAGAUACCCAAGGGUAUACCAGCCGGUGGUAUAAAGAUCUCGGUUACUGGAAAAAAUCUAGGCUACAUUCAAAGCCCGCAAAUGUACGUGUAUUACGAUGAAAAGAUGUUCGUGUCGGAAUGCAAAGUGAUCAGUCAGGAAAGUAUGACGUGCAAGUCACCUACGAUUGAAAUCCCUGAAAACGUGAUCUUAGAUGCUGAAAAACCUCAACCCUUGGAAUACGGUUUUAGAAUGGAUAACGUAACCGUUGUACAGAAUCUCACGCAGCACGGUUUCAAUUCAUUCCUUCUCUAUCCGAAUCCGAUUUACGACCCCUUCGACGAGGAGGUGAAGUACUACAAGAGCGAUUACCUCACGAUCAACGGUCAACAUCUGGAUCGAGCUUGUCAAGAGUCCGACGUUAUAGUACAAAUUGGUAAUUCCUUCUGCAACGUAACCUCCUUGUCGAGGCAACAAUUGACCUGUCGACCACCAUUGACCCAACCACCGGCGUUGGACUCCGAAGGACUUCCUAAUAAGCAAGAAUUGCCAGAGGUGAUAGUGAUCGUAGGCGGUACGCUUCGUUAUAACAUUGGAAAGCUCAGUUAUGCUUUGCCAGCUGGCUUGAAUGGUCCGCUAUCAAAGCCAGCCCUCAUCGGUGUCAUAGCUGCGAUCAUAAUACUAGUAUUCGUCUUCAUAGCAUUCCUUAUAGCAUAUAGACGUAAAUCGACGGAGAGUAACAGAGUUUUGAAGAACAUGCAAGAACAAAUGGAUAUUCUAGAGCUUCGCGUAGCCGCCGAAUGUAAGGAAGCCUUUGCCGAAUUACAAACGGAGAUGACUGAUCUGACCGGCGAUUUAACCAGCGGUGGUAUACCCUUCCUCGAUUAUCGCACUUAUGCUAUGAUGAUACUCUUCCCAAGCGACGACAACAGCCCGGUACUUCAAUGGGACAGACCGGAAUUGGUACGCAAAGAGAAAGGUUUACGUUUGUUUGGCCAAUUAAUCAUGAACAAGACCUUUCUUUUACUUUUCGUAAGAACUUUGGAAAGUAAUCGAUACUUUUCGAUGAGGGACAGAGUUAACGUGGCUAGUCUCAUCAUGGUCACGCUUCAAAGCAAGAUGGAAUAUUGCACGGAUAUUUUAAAAACCCUUUUAGCGGAUCUCAUCGAGAAGUGUACGGAGGGAAAGAGCCAUCCGAAAUUGUUUUUGAGAAGAACGGAAAGCGUUGCGGAAAAGAUGUUGUCAGCUUGGUUCACCUUCCUCUUGUACAAAUUUAUGCGCGAAUGUGCUGGCGAGCCCCUCUACGUACUCUUCCGAGCUGUAAAGCAGCAAGUCGACAAAGGUCCGGUCGAUGCCAUCACGUCCGAAGCACGUUACUCCUUGUCCGAAGAGAAAUUGAUCAGGCAGUCUAUCGACUUUAAGCCAAUGACCGUUUACGUCUCCAUAUCGCAACAAACUGCCUACGUUGGUGGAAUCGAUCCAAAUACGGAGAACGUACCUGUUAAGGUUCUCGACUGCGACACGAUAUCUCAAGUUAAAGAGAAGGCAUUGGAUACCAUUUACAGAGCUACGCCUUACAGCCAAAGACCCAGGAAAGAUGAUUUAGAUCUCGAAUGGCGAACCGGAGCAUCUGGCAGACUGAUCCUAUACGACGAGGACACGACGACUAAGACGGAAGGAGAAUGGAAAAAACGAAAUACUUUGAAUCAUUACAGGGUACCAGACUCGGCCUCGUUAAAUUUAGUUUCUAAGCAAUCGUCCAUCUACAAUCUUUCGAUCCUGUCCGAAAAGACGGAUAAAUCUCACAAAUACGAGACGCUGAAUCUCAGUAAAUUCAGUUCGGCGAGUCCGCCACUUUCGCGUGCAACGUCGCCAUUGAAUCAAAAUCAUGACGGCGGUAUGAAGUGUUGGCAUCUGGUGAAACAUCACGAUACGGAUGCACGAAAGGAAGGUGAUCGUGGUAACAAAAUGGUCUCUGAGAUCUAUCUGACGAGGUUACUCGCUACCAAGGGUACUCUCCAGAAAUUCGUAGACGAUCUUUUCGAGACUAUAUUUAGCACCGCCCAUCGAGGAUCGGCGCUUCCUCUUGCUAUUAAAUAUAUGUUCGACUUUAUGGACGACCAAGCGCUUCAACAUGGCAUAUCCGACCCCGAAGUGGUCCACACAUGGAAGAGUAAUUCCUUGCCUCUAAGGUUUUGGGUUAAUCUAAUUAAAAAUCCAAAUUUCAUCUUUGACAUACAUAAAUCGAAUAUAGUCGACUCGUGUUUAUCCGUUGUGGCACAGACCUUUAUGGACAGUUGUUCCACGUCGGAUCAUAGAUUAGGUAAGGACUCCCCGAGUUCGAAAUUACUUUAUGCGAAAGACAUUCCAGUGUACAAAGAGUGGGUAGAACGUUACUACUCGGAUAUCAAAGUCAUGCCAGCCAUAUCUGACCAAGACAUGAACGCUAUGCUUGCCGAAGAAUCGAGGUUACAUACAACGGAAUUCAACACAAAUUGUGCCCUAUACGAACUUUACACAUACGCGGGUAAAUACAACGAACAACUGAUAGUUACUUUGGAGGAAGACGAGUUCUCGCAGAAGCAAAGAUUAGCGUACAAGCUCGAGCAGGUCCACAAUAUAAUGGCAGCGGACAACCCCUGAUGCACCAUGAAUUCGAUGAAACAUACGUCGAAGCCCGCUCGUCAGGAGUUACCUUGUUGAACGCGUUCAAGAUUAGCCGUUCUUGUUCUUUGAACACAGAAAACAAGAAAAAAGAAAGGAAAAUGCGAGAAAGAGAGAGAGAGAGGGAAGUAAAAAACAGUUUAUCAAUAAAGAAGAGGAAGAACUGGCCUACAGUGAGAUCGGAUCGAUCGUGCCUCGAAUUUUCUUCGUGCGAACGACCAUUAAGCUUUUGCGGAAGAAAACUAAACGGGUUUACGAUCGAGAACGUAUCGCGAACUCUACGAAUGCUCAAGUUCAAG